ACUUCUUCAUCUCUCUCCUCCAUUUCACACAUCUCACUCGCAACCGUAAAUACUUACUACGAGAAUAGAAUCAUAGAUUCCUAGACGACUAGAGAGAUAAACCCUUACCGCUCCCUCAAGAUUCUCCAAAAUCCCACCACUUGCCAUUAUUUAGACACAACACAACAAUCACCAACAGAAUGUCUUAUUCUCGUUAUUUGACUCAUCUCAUCCGUCGACCCAUACCUAAACCUUCCAUUCUAUCGAAUACCCUCAUAAACCAAGUAGACGAUCAGACGGAUUUUUCAAAACGACUCAAUGUUCCUUCUUCCGAAGAAGUUCAUCGAACAGAGAUCGAAUCAGAUUCGACCAUAGAGGAUGUUUCCAGUGCUUAUUCUCCUUCUGAAUUAACUAUAUUGGAAGAAGAGAAAGACUUCAUCGAUCCUUUACCUGAUUUUCUUUGGAUGACGACUGAAGAACCUCAUAGAAGUAGGAGGAUGGCUAUUUUGAAGGUACAUCCUGAGAUCCGUAAACUCAUGGGGCCGACCUCUCUAACAUUCCCCCUAGUCAUUCUAGUCCUUAUAUCCCAAAUCACCCUCUCUGUAAUCUUACGAAAUUCACACCCUUUCUCUAUCAAGUUCAUACUCACCGCUUAUAUCCUAGGAGGGACGUUCAACCAAAAUACUUUUUUGGCGAUACAUGAAAUCACCCACAAUUUAGCAUUUCGUUCUCUUCGAGCGAAUAAGAUAUUGGCAAUAAUUGCAAAUUUCGCUAUUGGAGUACCAUACGCCAUGGCAUUUAAAGGAUAUCAUAUUGAACAUCAUAAAUUUUUAGGAGAAGAUGGUAUCGAUACGGAUUUACCUAGUAGGUUAGAAGCUGUUUUGUUGAAUAAUGUUGCUGGGAAAACUUUCUUUGCAACAUUCCAACUCCUCUUCUACGCCCUGAGACCAGGAUUCAUCAGAUCUCAAACUUUCACUCGUUGGCAUCUUUUAAAUCUCAUUUCAGUUCUUACAUUCGACAUUUUACUCGUUUCUGUAGCAGGAUGGAAUUCACUCAUCUAUCUAAUCAUGAGUUCUUUCUUCGCGGGAAGUUUACAUCCUUGUGCUGCUCAUUUCAUCGCGGAACAUUAUCUUAUGCAACCUGCUCCGGAAGUGGGGAGUGUACAGGAUUUAGCACAAGAGACUACUAGUUAUUAUGGUUGGUUGAAUGUUUUGUGUUAUAACGUCGGAUAUCAUAACGAACACCACGACUUUCCUUCCGUCCCAUGGACUCGUUUACCUAAACUUCGUGAAAUAGCACAUGAAUUCUACGAUCCUUUACCUUCUCAUUCAUCUUGGCCAUAUGUGACUUGGAAAUUCAUAACUGAUUCAAAUGUCGGAAUGUGGAGUCGGGCUAAACGGACUGGAAGGGGAGAGAGGAUAUCGGAACAUGUUUGGACACCGAAGGAAGGUAGCAAUCUUGAUCGUAUGGGAGGUUCUGAAUACGUUCAUAUUGGAGGGAGAGGGGAUGAGAUGAAGGUGGAAGGGAAUGGUGGUGUGGAAGUAAGAAUGGAGGUUGAAUUAUGUGAAGAGAUUAAGAAAGGUAUGAAAGAAGCUACUGAAAGAGGAUAUGGUAGUGAUCCGGAAGAAUGCGAAGAAUGAGACUUUUGUGUGAUAGAUUUUAAACACGAUGAUAUCAUGGGACAAUGCAACGUUUUACCUUUC